AAAAAAACCCGGCGAGGCUCAGUUUCAGCAAAUUCCUCUGCUGCCGAGCAUUUAUUUUGCGCGCCGACGAAUCUUAUACACGGUGGACUAGAAAAAAGUGCUGUUGCAGUGCCGUAUCGAGGAUUUAUCGUUAAUUUCCAGGAAUAAAAGAAUCCAGAGCCAUGGCAGAGAGCCGAAGAGAUAUCCCAAUCAAAUUGGGCGAUUUCAGUGUUAUCGAUACCGAAUUCUCCAGUAUUCGUGAGCGUUUUGACGCCGAAAUGCGUAAAAUGGAGGAAGAAAUGAGCAAAUUCAGGUCGGAAUUGAUGAACAGGGAGAGCAACAACUUCUUCAAGAGCACCACCAGGUCUUACGAGUCUGAGGUGGUUAAGGAAGGAAAAAACGAAAAACAUUCGUCUAGCAAGUCCUCCUCUUCAAGUACCACCACCCAGUCUUCAAACACCAGUGGCUCCGACUUGGCACACAGAGGCGGCGCUCCUGGGGCUGAAUUACGUACCUGGUACGACGAUUUGAACUCUCCCCUGAUUCAGAGUGACGGAAAUGACAAAAGCUUGAAGCUCAGAUUCGAUGUCAGCCAGUACGCACCAGAAGAAAUUGUAGUCAAAACUGUCGACAAUAAAUUAUUGGUCCAUGCCAAGCAUGAAGAAAAAACAGAAUCCAAAUCCGUCUACAGGGAAUACAACCGGGAAUUCUUGCUGCCCAAGGGAACCAACCCCGAACUGAUCAAAUCCUCUCUGAGCAAAGACGGCGUUUUGACAGUUGAGGCGCCGUUGCCGGCUAUCACGUCAGGAGAGAAACUCAUCCCCAUCCAACACUGAAGAAACGAAGUUUCUUAAUUUUUUUCGAUAUUACUCAUUAAUAUAUAUUUUUUGUAUUUGAUUAUUGAUGAUUCAAAACUCUUUGAAUAUGUAGAUUUUUUUUCGGAUGUUGCACAAAGAUCUAAUAUUUUUGAAAAAGAUAUAGUUUAGGUUUUGGUUCAUCAUAACGAUUAUUUAUCAGUUUUUUUUUGCGUAAAAAAGUUUCUUAGAAUAUUGUACGUUUUAUUUAAAUGACUUUCUUUGUUAUAUACAAUUAAACUGACAAAAAAUUAAUAUAUUGUGUUAUAUAAGCCUAAAA